AUGUGUCUUGAGGUGUACAUGCUAAAGCUAGACGAUUUCUAUUCAAGGCUCUCAACUUUUAACAACUGGAAGGGGAAGAAAUCUGAAAUAGAGUUAGCUGCCUGCGGAUUCUACUUUCUCCAUGUGGAUGAUUUAGUAAAGUGUUUCAAGUGUGGUGUAGAGAUUUACAAAUGGGAAAUAAAUGAUAAUGUAAUAGAAGAUCAUAACAAAUAUAGUCCUGAUUGUGCCUUUGUACAAAGAGUUUAUCCUAUUUUUCUGAGAAUCAACAACAACAACAAGAAAGAAAGUGUGAGUGAGAAAAAUAAAUAUGCCUGCUCCUGUGAAGCAUAA